AUGGCCCUCCUCGAAUCAAACUGUCCCGAUUUGCGGUUAGUAGCAAGAGGCAAAGUACGCGAUAUCUACGAAUUUCCAGGGGAUGACUCGAAAUUGCUAUUCGUGGCUACCGAUCGAAUUUCGGCAUUUGACAUUGUGAUGAAAAACGGAAUACCAAACAAAGGCAAACUCUUGACCCAACUCUCGCUGUUCUUCUUCAACAAGUUGGAAUCGGUCAUUCCCAACCAUGUCAUCAGUGGAGACUUCGAACACAUCCUCUCACUCUCUAACGCCAUUCUACCCUACAGGGAGCAACUCGAGGGUCGAACGAUCUUGGUCAAAAAAAGCCAAGUACUCAAAUGCGAAGCUAUUGUCAGGGGUUAUCUCACUGGCUCGGCGUAUGCAGAAUACAAAAAGUCAGGAACCGUACAUGGGAUCCCGAUGCCCAAAAAUCUCGUCGAGUCCUCUAAGUUUCCGGAGCCUAUCUUCACUCCCAGUACCAAGGCGGAUAUCGGAACCCACGACGAAAACAUUCACCCAGAUAAACUUGGUGAAGUUCUAGGUUCGGAGACGCUUGCAGAUCAAAUCAAGAAAACCUCGAUCGAGCUAUACAAGGCGGCCAAUAGCCACUGUCUGUCGAGCAGCAGUGGGCUAUUUCUGGCCGACACCAAGUUCGAGUUUGGGCUAGAUCCGAGCAGUCAGCGGCUGCUGCUGAUCGACGAAUGUCUGACGCCGGAUUCGUCACGGUUCUGGGCGACGAGCGAAUGGGCCGAGGGCAAGAAGAUGAGCGGCUUCGACAAACAGGUGCUCAGGGACUGGCUCAAGACUGAGGGCGUCGACGGGAAAGAGCAGCUCGAAAUCCCGCAGUCGGUCAUCGAUUCCACUUGGAAUAAAUAUUGUGAAGCGUUCGAACUUUUGACCGGUCAAACGUUCGUGCCCUAA